GCUAGCAUUUCUUUUGAAUUACCGAAUGAAAUCAAUUCGCAAUGCAUAUAGACUAAGUUUUAGGUUCAGUUGUUUCUACAGCGCACGUUUUCUUCAGUCUCUUCUAUAUCAGACACUUGUAUCGUUAGUAUUAUGCAGGAAGUCAUGUAAAAUGUCAGGAAGACUUGUUUUAGCUCUUUGUAUUCUUGAUCUACUAGGUUUUUCACAUGCCAUCAAUUGUUACCAGUGUUCCUGGGAUGGAGUGAGUGAAAAUAAACAGGAAAUCGAACAGAAGAUGAAAAACAUUGAUGAUACUGAGGAAGAAGCCAACAUCAACCCUAUAGUUUAUCCACUUCUAAGUAAGGAUCAGAUGCCUGUUAUGCCAAAAAAAGAUGCUCUCAAGAAGAACUGUACACAUUGUACCAUCUAUGGAGGAGUUUGCGUGAAAUGGGUAUUGUUUUCAUCAGGUGUAACACUGAAUGCUACCUGGAUGUGCGUGUUUUCUAGCGAGAGGGAAGGUUGUUUCACACAACACGUAUCUAAUGGCUUGAGAAAAGAAGUUUGUUUUUGUGACGCUGACUUCUGUAAUAGAGCUCCUGAGGUUACCAUAACUUUCGUCAGGAUUGCUUUAUUGACUUUUCUAAUUCAUUUACUAACAUGACUCGCUCAGUGUUUAAAUAAAUGUUAUCCUUUUCCUGUCUUUAUUAACUAUUUUACAUUAAACAUUUAGUGUAGAAAAUUGGAUUAAUCAAGUGCCUCAAGCAGAACAACCAUUGGUUAUAGAUAUUUUGUACGUGAUCACACAAAACUUUGUUUCAUUCAUCACCGCCAUAUUGUACGUCAAAAAUUCCCCUCUAGGAAUCAACAGCAAAUUACAUCAGCACAAGACUCUCAUGUUUGACCGUCUGUGAAAAAAAGGGUCGAAGGCUAUUUAGUUUCUCGAUAUACCUUUCUUUAUGCACAUUGUUUAGAUGCUUUACAGCAUUACGUAAUACUAAUUUAGAGGACAGAUUAUAAUCCUUCAUCUAAGACGAUUGUAAGCAAUUGACGUCUAAUAUGGCGAAUUGUACCAUAUAUCACGUGAUUUUUUAUAUCAGUGCAACACCCUCUUUGUAAAUGGAGUUCCAUCUACACUAAGAAUGAUCAUUUAUCCGCGAUUUCUGAGGACAAUCCUCUGAUGAGGUGCGUUACCUCUGGUAAGAAUAUUCCCAAAAGUUCAAGAAAACGUUGUUUCAACAUAUCCUUCCGUUUUAUUUCUUAUAUUAUGAAGCCUGUUGUAGAAAUACAUGAAUAAAUAAAUAUUUAGCCAGUUUUUAA